CCGAUUCUCGCCACGUCUUCCACCCCCCCCCACCUCUUUCUGGUGUUCACUCGUCUUUCUCGGAUCCCUCGUGAAGGAGAGGGGAAGCACGGAGCGAGCUCGAUGCCGGCCCUGAGGAUGGUGGCGGAGUUCUCUGGCGGGGAGGGGAUGGCCUGGAGGAACGGGAUCGAGUGGUGGGACGAGAUCGAUGGAUCGGAGGCGUGGCAGCGCGGCAUCUUCUACGCCCUCUGCGUCGCCUACUCCCUCGUCUCCGUCGUCGCUCUGGUGCAACUCAUCCGCAUUCAACUAAGGGUACCGGAAUAUGGAUGGACAACGCAAAAGCUUUUUCACCUAAUGAAUUUUGUCGUGAAUGGAUUGCGUGCAAUCCUUUUUGGCUUCUACCACAGUGUGUUUCUUCUCAAAUCAAAGGCUCUUGAGAUGGCACUUCUAGAUCUUCCUGGUCUGUUGUUCUUCUCAGCUUACACUCUACUAGUGUUAUUUUGGGCAGAGAUAUAUCAUCAGGCUAGGAGCCUUCCAAUUGAUAAGCUAAGACCUACAUAUUUAAUAAUCAAUGGGGCCAUAUACAUCAUUCAGAUUUGCAUUUGGGCAUAUGUCCAAAUAAGUCCUAAGCCUCUUGCUGUUGAAGCUGCUAAACUCUUUUUGGCAAUUGUUUCAUUCUCUGCUGCUUUGGGAUUUUUGAUAUAUGGUGGGAGGUUGUUUUUUAUGCUGAGGCGCUUCCCGAUUGAAUCUAAGGGUCGUCAAAAAAAGCUGAAUGAGGUUGGUUCUGUGACUGCCAUAUGCUGCACAUGUUUCUUGAUACGGUGCUUCGUGGUUGCCCUUUCUGCAUUUGACAAGGCUGCUGACCUUGACGUCCUCGAUCAUCCAAUUUUGAAUUUAAUUUAUUACCUGCUGGUCGAGAUUCUCCCAUCAGCUCUAGUAUUAUUCAUCCUUCGGAAGCUGCCCCCGAAGCGAGUUUCAGAUCAACACCACCCCAUUAACUAAGAAGCUUUAGCGGGGAUGGAAUAGUAAUUAGGAUCCAAUCCACGACAUGGAUAGUGCUACACUCCAGUCAUAACCACCAGGCUGCGAUGGUUCAACUCCUCAAGAAAGAUUUGGCUAACAUCCAUUGGCCUGUUAUUCUUAUUUGAAAUGGUAAAAUCUGAUGUAAUUAACAUUAGAUUUUGCAAACCCUACAUCUAAUUUAAUACUCAUUAACAGUUGAAGGACAUAAACAGUUUAGGAAGGGGUAGUUGGUUUUAAAUAAUGAAUUAGAUACGACACACGUGUAUGGUAUAUUAUACGCAUUGGCAGAUACUGAUUGUCUUCUUUAUAAAGUGGUUGGACACCAUGUUUUUAAUCUAAAAUUUCCAAGUUUCAUUAAUUUAACCAUUCUAAUCCAUUAGACCUUGAGGCAAAAGACAAAACCUUCGCACUCAUCCAAAGUAACUGCAUAUUUUGAACUUUUCAUUUUAGAAUAUGAUGUCUUACCGAAGCAUAUCCUCUUAGCUUGUUAUUUGAUGAAGCGUACAGAAAAGAAAGAAGUGGUAUAUACAGAGGAACGACAUAAAUUUAACUUGUUUAUACUCUUCUUUUUCCCUUUUCUUUCGGUAUACAAAGUUUGCCACCUGCUUGGUGGUCAUAUUAUAAAAUACAAAUUGAUUCACCAGUUUCUAUUUGUUGUGUUUGGGAAUGGAGAGACAUGAUUAGAAACCAAGACUCCAAGGAAAUCAGUUGUUUAGUUGGGCUU